GGGACAAACGCGAGCGACUGGCCACUAUACCUCCACGGUGCUCUGCUCGCAAUGCGCACAACGACAUCGCGAAUGACAGGGUAUACCCCUUACUACCUUCUGUAUGGGCAGAACCCCGUCUUUGGCUUCGACGUUGCGGACCGAACGUGGUCGGCGCUCGAUUGGUAUGCCGUCAAGGAUACUGCUGACCUCUUGGCUCUUCGCCUGAAGCAGAUCACGCGGCGCGAAGUCGACAUCGGGAGAGCAAUGGAUCGGGUCAACGAGAAUCGCAAGAAGGCUGUCGAAGCGCACGAAAGGAAGUACGCAGGUAAGAUACAGAAGGAGAUGUGGCCGAUAGGAACGCUCGUCCUGGUUCACCAGACGUGGCUAGAUAAUCAGCACGGACACAAGGGUGCGCUGAGAUGGGCUGGCCCGUACGUAGUACGGCGGGUUAUUGACCGCUUCUACGAAUUGACGGAGCUCGACGGGACCAUCAUGAAGGGAGCCUUCGCUGCUGACAGAAUCAAGAAGUUUUUCUACAGG